UGUAGUUCAAGUUUUCCUCCCCACACAUGGAAAGUCAGUUAUGCGGAGAUAAUAAAAAGACUCCAAGCCCCAGCCACGGUGGCCGCUCUUUUUCUCGUCAGGCAGGGGGAGUAGACACAGCUGGAAGGAUAAUAAGAUGCGCAUGAAUUUACAAUCUGGAAUAAAAGAUAAGAGAAAAUAAAUGGACGGCUCGGUCAGUCUCUGCACGCCUGUGUGUAACACUUAUGUCAGUGUUUGUUACAUGUGAGCUGCGUCGCUGCGCUUUGGUGUGACUUCCACAAAGUGCAGAGUUUGAAACUUCAGGCUCCGCUUUCCUCAGUUGAUGGAGUUACAAAGUUUCUUCAGUAAGCUCACAAUGGAAAGAAAAGCACCCUUCGCUGACUGUGAAGGCUUCCUGUGGUCAGAGUGGAUUACUGACUUCAGUAGGGAGAAGGAGCACCACUUCUGGAUAUGAGGCUUGCUGCAGUGACUUUUCUGCAGAAGUCUGCGGACUGUCCACACAAGUUCUCUCCCUCACCUGCCCGUCUACUGAACGAGUGUGUGUUUGGUGAGCUCAGGUGGGUGGAGUUGCUUAUUAGCCUCUUAAUUUAUGAAAAACAAUGUCACUUUGAUAAAACACAGAGUGCUGACUCACUCCCACUGAUGAGGACCAAAGAUUCCCCCUACCAAUAGUCGACUGUGCUUUUUCUGGCCAGUCUUCACUAAAACCUCCACCAUUCAGCGUUCCACGUCACCAUUGGAAGAAAUCCAAUGUCUGCCUCCUCUCCCCCAUCCUUACCUCGAGCCUUCCUCCACUCUCUCUAUCCGCACCACCCAUCAUCCUCGUCCACCUCGUCGUCCACCACAACGGCAAGCUCACCCGGACCUCUCUACACCCGACUGUCCAACGGCAGUCACAGCGUCCCCAGCCCCACCAACUCCCGCAGCUCCUUCCAUGGGGUGUCCUUCCUGCUGCAGAUAGGGCUGACCAGAGAGACGGUGAACCUGGAGGCUAGUGACCUGUCGCUGUCUGCUGUUAAAGACCUGGUGUGCUCCAUAGUGGACCAGAAGUUCCCAGAGUGUGGCUUCUUCGGCAUGUACGACAAGAUUCUGCUGUUCCGCCACGACUUGAGCGACGAGAACAUCCUGCAGAGGCUCACCUCAGCCGAGGACAUCCACGAAGGAGACCUCAUCGAGGUGGUGCUCUCAGCUCAAGCCACAGUUGAAGACUUCCAGAUCCGACCACAUGCCCUUUACGUCCACUCCUACAAGGCCCCAACCUUCUGCGACUACUGCGGGGAGAUGCUAUGGGGUCUUGUCCGGCAGGGGCUCAAAUGUGAAGGAUGUGGGCUAAACUACCACAAGCGCUGUGCCUUUAAGAUCCCAAAUAACUGUACCGGUGUCAGAAAAAGGAGAUUGUCCAAUGUCUCCCUGCCCGGACCCUCCCUCUCCGUGCCCCGACCCCCGCCUGUUGAAAGCACCGUGGUCGUCCUGGACGAGCAGCAGAGGUCCCAUCAGGAGGCGGGGAAGCGGAUUCUGUCGUGGAGCGGCCGGCCUAUCUGGAUGGAGAAGUUGGUGCUGGGAAGGGUUAAAGUGCCACAUACGUUCGCAAUUCACACCUACACCCGUCCCACUAUCUGCCAGUACUGCAAGCGUCUGCUCAAGGGUCUCUUUCGCCAGGGCAUGCAGUGUAAAGAUUGCAGGUUCAACUGCCAUAAGCGAUGUGCGUCAAAGGUACCUAGAGACUGUUUGGGGGAGGUGGACUUCAAUGGAGAACCAGCCAGCCCCGGCCCAGACUCGGACACCACCAUGGAUACUAUGGAGGUGGACAGUGGGGAUAUGGACGGGGGCAGAGGACUGGAUGAUCCAGAGGAACCCUCCACCCCGGACGAGAGGAUGUUCGACAUGGACUGUCCCUUAUUGGAUAGAGAGAAGGACGAGGAACCCAUCAAGACUAUUAGCCCUUCUACCAGCAGCAACAUCCCUCUGAUGCGGGUGGUCCAGUCCAUCAAACACACCAAGAGGCGGAGCUCCACUGUGGUGAAGGAGGGCUGGAUGGUUCAUUAUACGAGCAGGGACAACCUGAGGAAGAGACAUUACUGGAGGCUGGACAGCAAGAGUCUGAGUCUAUUCCAGAACGACACCGGAGCCAAGUUCUACAAAGAAAUCCCUCUGUCAGAGAUCCUGCAGGUGGAACAGUGCAGAGACUACAGUAAUCUGGCCCAGGGCAGCAACCCACACUGCUUCGAGAUCAUCACAGCCAUGAUGGUGUACUACAUAGGGGAGAACAACUGCAGCCACUACCACAGCCCCGCACUUGCCGCAUCGGGAGUCGGCAUGGACGUGGCUCAGGGCUGGGAGAAGGCCAUCAGACAGGCCCUGAUGCCCGUCACCCCCCAGCCCAGCGUGGCCAGCGCUGCGGGACAGGGCAAAGAUCAUAAAGAGCUGUCCAUCAGCAUAUCUGUGUCCAACUGCCAGGUCCAGGAGAAUGUGGAUAUUGCUUCAGUGUAUCAAAUCUUCUCUGAUGAGGUUCUGGGAUCCGGCCAGUUUGGCAUCGUCUAUGGAGGAAAACACAGAAAAAGCGGCAGAGAUGUGGCCAUCAAGGUUAUUGACAAGAUGAGAUUUCCUACUAAGCAGGAGAGCCAGCUACGGAAUGAGGUGGCCAUAUUACAGAAUCUGCAUCACCCGGGUAUCGUCAACUUGGAGUGCAUGUUCGAGACGCCGGAGCGGGUGUUCGUCGUCAUGGAGAAGCUGCACGGCGACAUGCUGGAGAUGAUUCUGUCCAGCGAGAAGAGCAAACUGCCGGAACGGGUCACCAAGUUCCUCGUCACGCAGAUCCUGGUGGCCCUCAGACAUCUGCACUUCAAAAACAUUGUUCACUGUGACUUGAAGCCUGAGAAUGUACUACUGGCCUCUGCAGAGCCCUUUCCUCAGGUAAAGCUGUGUGACUUUGGCUUUGCCCGUAUCAUUGGUGAGAAGUCGUUCCGGCGCUCUGUGGUGGGCACUCCGGCUUACCUGGCUCCUGAGGUGCUGCGCAGUAAAGGCUACAACCGCUCAUUAGACAUGUGGUCGGUGGGAGUCAUUGUGUACGUCAGCUUGAGCGGGACGUUUCCUUUCAAUGAGGACGAGGACAUUAACGACCAGAUCCAGAAUGCUGCCUUCAUGUACCCCCCGACGCCCUGGAAGGACAUCUCUGCAGAGGCCACAGACCUGAUCAACAAUCUCCUCCAAGUCAAGAUGAGGAAGAGGUACAGCGUGGACAAGUGUCUCAGCCAUCCCUGGUUACAGGACUAUCAGACCUGGCUGGACCUCAGGGAGUUUGAGACGCGGCGAGGCGAGCGCUACAUCACCCACGAGAGCGACGACGCGCGCUGGGAGGAGUUCGCCGACGAGCACUGUCUCCUUUACCCCAAACACUUCAUCAUGGCUCCCAACCUGGACGACAUGGAGGAGGACCCCUAGUAGCUCACAGGUCUUACUGCACCACAUGUAUUAAAAACAAGGACAAGGUUUGUCACAGAGACUUUUUCAAGAAGCUUUGGGAGCGACGGAUUUUCCCUCCAGGACCGUUUGUUGUGAAAACAGAGAUGAAACUGAUCAGGUGGAGAAUUGCUCUCCAGAGGCUUUAAGAGCGAGAAAAACCCGACAGAAUUUGUAGCAUGAUGCGCCGCUACGAGCAGUAUGCAGGUGAAGAUGCGCGCCACAGAAGCGCAUUGAGAAACUGUCAGGAGAUAACAGUGUUUGCACGAAAUCAAAAAACAUUCCAUGGAUUUUCGAGUUCAUUUUGAAAACAAUCGCAAAACAAGGUGACAGUUUAGUUAGUGUACAAAACAUUUUGGAGUAAUAAUAUGACUGUUCUUUAUGUGAGAGAAGAAGUCUGAGAGCACUUACUCCAGGAGUAAAGGGCACUUUUCACAAGGGAUUUACACAUUUCCCAACCGUUUGUGAAACUGGCCUUUGGCAUGAAACUGGAACAAUCAUGUUUGUAUGUUUUUUUUUAAUGUAUUUCAGAAUUGUGGUCGAUUUUUGCACUAUAUUACCAGUUGAACAGCAAUAAAAUAGAAACACUAUUUGCUGCGGUAUUUUGAGAUUCCAAUCGAGGUGCAAAGUUUAACCCAGCAGGAAGUUGAUGUAACUCGCUUAAAUUGGCUGCUCCGCCAUCUUUCAUUUUAGGGCUGCAAGCAAUCAUUUCGAUGAAUCUGCUGAUUAUUUUCCACAGAAAUCGAUGAAAAGUUUGGUCAAGAAAAUGUCAGAAAGUCAAUCCCAAUUUCUUAAAGUCAGAGGUGAUGUUUGUUCUAUCAGUCAAAACCAAGAAUAUUCAGUUUAAUAUAAUAUUAAAGUAAAGCAGUUAAUCUCCAUUAAUGAGAAGCUAAAACUGUAUCUUCUGCCAAUUUUGCACGACAAAUAACUGAUUUGAGUUUCAGAAUCUGCUGAUUGACUUAUCGUUGCAGCCUUUAUUUAUUUUCACAGCGAGAUAGCAGCUAAUUGCAGACGUGUUUGGUCAAUUUUCCCCUAGAGUUGGUGACCAACAGACCCUGACCAAGCAUGUUCAAUCAUUUCAAAACCUUUUUCUAAAGCUACAUGAAUUCCUCAAGUCACUGAAUUGUCAGUAAAAUGCAAUAAUGGAGCCAUUUUUUCCUAUUCAACAUGAGGCUGAAGUAGCAUGGACUCUAUGUUAGAGCAUCAUGUCUCUGUGUAACUUUCUCUGUACUGUCGCAGUAUUGUUUAAUGUGACUCUGGAAUAUGUGUUUGUGAUGCUCUUCAGGGUUCUGAAGUGUUGCACCGCCGACUGAGCUUUUACACAGAACAAAAUGUUGGUGUUUAUAAUGUUGUCUGGACCAAUCAACAGCCCUUUUGUCUGGACUGUGGACACACUUACACUUUGGUUCACAUGGGAGUUUAUUGAACUACAGUUUUGUAGUUAGCUCUGUUGGUGUGUUUUGGGAGUACGUUCCUUUUUUCCUAUUGUCCUCUUCCUGUCUUUGUUGCCGCUGGAUUGGCAGGUGUCAGUGUUUUGUAUAUUUCAGUAAAUACCAAUGGAAUAAAAAAACCCAACCUUUCAA